AGCAGUAUGUUACUGAGAAGGAACUUGUAUAUGGAAUUAUUUCACUGAAAAGUUCAGAUCCAGGUUUCAAUUCACUGAAAUCUCAGUAUCACUCUGCUAUAUGAAUAUGAUGACAGCUCAUGGCACAAAGAUAACGUUAUGUGAUCAUUCCCGCCGUAUCCUGGAUAACAAUGUCAGCCUGAGCCUCGUCAUUCUACUGACCUUCACACUGACGGAUUCUAAACCGACAGACGCAACAACAUAUGAUCACAAUAGAGUCACGUGUUUCAAGUGUCCACGUGGAACCCACGUGUCCAGACACUGUACCGAGUCCUUCACUCAUUCUAACUGCACACCAUGUGAACAAGGCACCUUCCAGUCCCAGACCGUCACACAACUGGAGAAAUGUGGGCAGUGCGACAACGUCUGCCAAGACCACAACGCCAUCGUUGUCGACAACUGCUCACCUACACACAACCUCCGUUGCCGGUGUCGUGAUCGCUACUACAACGUGCACCAUGGUCAAGGUGUCAUGGCCUGUGUCCGGCAUACAGCUUGUCUGCCCGGACAGGUGAUUGUAGAAAGAGGUGACUCUCAGCAAGAUGCGAAGUGUGACUGGUGUCCGACUGGUCAAUACUACAAGGCAGACGCUGACCGGUGUAAUGUGUGCUCCGUCUGUGGUUACAACGAAGCUGUGAUACACCAAUGUACCAAGACUAACAAUACUGUGUGUGGAGAACAAGAUGUAGGAGUAACUCCAACAGCUACGUCCACAGGGCUGUCGAAUACCGUGGUCGGUGUGACGACAGCGGUGGCGGUAGUGGUUGUUGCUGUUGCUGCAUUGGCUACUGCAUUGUGUUGGUACUUGCACAAGGCAAGGACAAGGGAGAGCAGGAACCAGUCACAUGAAAGGAUAGAUCUUCUGGACGUUCCCCAGGACAUCCAUGCUGAAAUAUGGGCGAAGGAUGUAUUUUUUUACCUGAAAAAUAGACUUAGCAAGUGGGAGGACUUCCUUCGCUGCCUGCCACACGGAAAUAGAGAUUUCGAAGCUGACUUGGAAAUCGAUAGAAAUACAGAGAAAAAAACUGAUAUGAAGAUUUAUGAUAUUCUACUGACAUGGUACACUGCAUGCUUCGACCACGUUACCAUCGGCAACAUCGUGCAGGCGCUGGUUAAAUCAAACAACACAAAUCUCAUUGCUGGUGUAAUAAAAGAGUACAAACUACUUAUCAGUCGUCAACGCAUUCAGGAAUCAGUUAAAGAAGAUGGCGCUAGUUCGGCAGACGAGAACGAGGCUGCCCUCGUGGAAGGUGUUGAAACACCGUUGAUGCCAACAGCGGACAGACAGGUUGAAGGGGGUAAUUAUCCGACAACAGAUUUUGAGGAUAUCGCAUUGACCAAGAAGAAAAAGCAUCUGACAAACGUGAAGGAAAUAGAUUUAGCAGCUGAAGAUCAGGAACUAACACAAGUGUUGUGUGAUCUCGAUGAAAGACAACAGACUCGUGUAAAAGAAGUUUAGAGUGUCCCUGGACACCCGGUGUCUUGUUUUAAGUGUGAUAUAUCGCCCUCAAUACUUCACGGGUGUGUGUACACUGUGUUCACCCAUGGCAACGUUGCUGUUGAAACUGAAACAAACGAGAGCCCUGGCUAAUGACCACGUUAUUUUGCUCAGACAUUCUACACACAUAUAUUAAUAUUAGUAGAUAUUUAAAGUUUUCGUCUUCCACAGAUGUGUUCAUGUCAUUGACUGUUGAGACUGGACAGGGAACACCUCUGACCGAACUCUGACACCUCGACCGUGUUGCCAAAGACGCUGUUCGAUCUUGGUUCAAGCAUAAUCAGGACGGUGGGGUAGCCUAGUGGCUAAAGCGUUCGCUCGUCAGGACGAAGGCCCGGGUUCAAUUCCCCACAUGAGUACAAUGUGUG